AUGGCAAAUGAUCAAAAGUUGGAAAAUUUGGCUAAAGCAUUGCUUUCAAAAUCUGCAGAAAAUCCUUGGUUGAUUCCUUCGAUAGUAAAUCCUGCUCUUCAAAAAGAAGUUAUACUUUACAUGCUAAAAAACUGGAGUUUGCAUAAUUCUAAAGAAAAAUUGGCAAUAUUCUUUCUAAUUUUAUGUGUAAAAAAAAGUACCGUGACAGCAUUACAGGAAUUGCUAUCAGAAAUACUUUUGGCAGGUGCUUCUGAUUUGGACGAUUGUUGGGUUUGUGUUUUCUCAAAGAUGAUGAUUAAUUAUCCUAAAACUGGUGAACUUGAUUUGACUGUUGAGAAUUAUCUUCCUAGAGAAAUACAACAACAAUUUAAUGAAUUGAUUAAUAAAAUAAUGAAAAGUGAAAUAAGGCUUCAUCCUAUGGAAUUUGCGUUCAUUGAUAAAGAUAUUUCCAAAAUGCGAGAUUUCAAGGGAACUGCGAUUAAAUACAUUAAAAAAUUUGGAUGUUCCUAG